UUUUAACCGUACAUAAAACUGGUUUGCAAAAGUGAUUUAAAAUAAAUGUUAACAAUAUAAAAGACUAGACGUGAAGUAUUCUAUUUGUCAAAAUGACUUUGAGAAUGUUAAUAAUAAUUUCGUAUUGGAUAUGUGUGCUACAAACAGUGUCAACACUUGCAAUAUCACCUACAGCUGUUACUCUACCUUCCGAAGAUAUCGACGGAGAAGAUGACGAUGGUGAUUGUGGUGAUGCAUAUGAAUGCGGCUUAAACGAAGAAUACUCGUCUUGCGCAAAUGGUGGUUGUAGAAGAUUUACUUGUGCUAUUAACGGUAUCCUUUGUGUGGAUUUAAUAGAAGGUGGCUGUAAAAAGGGUUGUAUCUGUAAAGCAUCUUAUACACGAGCAGAUAACGGGACCUGCAUUCCGGAAGAUGAAUGUCCUCCUACAUGUGGAGAUAAUGAAGUAUAUGAUCUUUGCCCCUCACCUUGUCCACCAAAAAGAUGUGACGUAGAUGAACAACUUAUAGAUUGUGCACCAAACCCAUUACCUGGAGAUGCAAAUUGUGAACCAGGAUGUCGCUGUGCUGAUAACUAUUAUAGAAACGAAAACGGCUUAUGCGUGGCAAAAGAGGAAUGUCCUCCUUUAAUCGAAUGUGGACCCAAUGAAAUAGCAUUAAGUUGCGUAAAUGGAGGUUGUUGGAAAGAAAGUUGUACUUUUCCUCAAACGAUUUGUGGAAAGCCUGCACCUGGUAGCUGCAAGGAAGGAUGUAGAUGUAAAGAAAAUUAUUUGCGUUCUAAUAACGGCACUUGUAUUCCGGAAAGUGACUGUCCCCAGACAGAGCUUUGCGGUCCUAAUGAGGAGUAUGGAUGUGAUACUUCUUGCAACAAACAAUGUAUUAUUAUUGACGGAAAAUGUAUUCCUCCUAAGGAAUGCAAACCUUGCAAGUUCCAAUGCCGUUGUAAGGAUGGUUAUACCAGAAAUGAAAAUGGUGAAUGCAUUUCAACAACUUGUGGGAUGAAUGAAGUGUAUGACGAAUGUCCGCCACUUUGUCCACCUCAACGAUGUGAUGUAGAUGACAGACUAAUAAGAUGUGCAGAAAACCCAAAACCGGGUGAUCCUAAAUGUAAGCCCGGUUGCAGAUGCGCAGACAAUUUCUAUAGAAAUGAUAAAGGAAUUUGCGUAACUAGAGAAGAAUGUCAACUACCAAAAAAAUGUGGUUUAAACGAAGAAUACUCUUCUUGCGCAAAUGGUGGGUGUAGAAGAUUUACAUGCGCAAUGAACGCUAUUCUUUGUGUUGACUUAAUAGAAGGAGGCUGUGAGGAGGGAUGUAUUUGUAAGGAAUCCUACACCCGUGCCGAUAAUGGAACCUGUAUUCCCGAAAAUCAAUGUCCUACUGUUUGUGGAGAUAAUGAAGUAUAUGAUGUCUGCCCCUCACCUUGUCCACCAAAAAGAUGUGACGUAGACGAACGACUUAUAGAUUGUGCUCCAAACCCAUUACCUGGAGAUCCAAAUUGCGAACCAGGAUGUCGCUGUGCUGAUAACUAUUAUAGAAACGAAAACGGUUUAUGUGUGACGAAAGAGGAAUGUCCUCCAAUAAUUGACUGUGGACCGAAUGAAAUUGCAUUACGUUGUGCCAAUGGUGGUUGUUGGAAACGAAGCUGUUCUCGACCACAGACGAUAUGUGUAAAGCUACGUGAAGGAGCUUGUAAAGAAGGGUGUAGAUGCAAAGAAAAUUAUUUGCGUUCUGAUAAUGGCACUUGCAUUCCAGAAAGUGAAUGUCCCCAAAAUUGCGGACUAAAUGAAAUUUACGAUGAAUGUCCCCCCACUUGUCCACCUCAAAGAUGUGAUAUAGACAACCGAGUAAUAAAGUGUAAACGAACACCAAUGCCUGGAGAUCCUGAUUGUAAGCCAGGGUGCCGUUGCAAAGAUGACUUUUAUAGAAAUGAUUUAGGAAUUUGUGUCACUAGGGAUGAAUGUCCACCACUAAUAAAGUGUGGAGACAAUGAGUACGCAUCAAAAUGUGCUAAUGGUGGUUGCAAGAAAAUAAGUUGCGCUGAACCAAUAACCCGUUGUGUAAAAUUGCCGCCCGGCGCCUGUGAAGAAGGUUGUCUUUGUAAAGAAAAUUAUCUAAGAGCUGACAAUGGAACAUGCAUACCUGAAGAGGAGUGUCCAAAUAUUUGUGGCAUCAAUGAGGUUUAUGACUACUGUCCUCCUAUUUGUCCACCACAGCGAUGUGACGUGGAUAUAGCGACAAUAUUGUGCAAACCUAAUCCACUACCUGGGGAUCCGGAAUGUAAACCAGGUUGUAGAUGUGCUGAUAAUUAUGCUAAAAACAAAGACGGUAUAUGUAUACCUCGAGACAAAUGCCCAUCUCCUAGCAUAUGUGAUCUCAAUGAAGAGUAUUCUGACUGUGCCAAUGGUGGCUGCAGGCGACUUUCAUGCAAUUCGACUGGUAUCGAAUGUGUCGAUUUAAAAGAUGCUGAAUGUAAACCAGGAUGUAUAUGCAAAACGAACUAUACACGUGCAGACAACGGAACUUGUAUUGCUGAAAGCCAAUGUCCUGCAACAUGUGGAGUGAACGAAGUGUAUGACGAAUGCCCUCCACUUUGUCCACCACAAAGAUGUGAUGUAGAUGAUCGAAUAAUAAGAUGCGCAGCAAACCCCAAGCCGGGUGAUCCUAAAUGUAAGGCAGGGUGCAGAUGUGCAGAAUACUACUAUAGAAAUGAUAACGGUGUUUGCGUAACUAGAGAGGAAUGCUCUAAAUGCUUUGGAGCCAAUGAAGUAUAUGCAUGCAAAGACUCCAACCCUCAAACUUGUGAAUCUAUUGAUCAAGAAAUCAAACCAGACAUGACAUCAAAAAAUUGUAAGCGAGAAUGUAGAUGUAAAGAAGGGUUUUACAGAAAUAAGAUUGGUGAAUGUAUAUCAAAAGAAAAUUGUUUGAAAUGCAAUGGACCUAAUGAAUUCUUCUCAUGUGGCUCAGCUUGUGUCAAUGAAUGUCGUACUAUAAAAACACAAAAUCAAACUCAUUGCCCUAUUGUAAAUAUUGUUUGCAAUAAGCAGUGUUAUUGUGAGGAUGGAUAUGCUUAUGAUGAAAAUAAGAUAUGUAUACCUAUUUCGCAGUGUCCCCCUCAACCAUCUUGCGGUGUAAAUGAAGAAUAUUCUGACUGUGCUAAUGGUGGAUGUAGGAGAUGGGAAUGUUCGGAUAAUGGUGUUAUUUGUAAAGACUUACUGGAAGGUUCAUGUGAACAAGGCUGCGUUUGCAAAGACUCUUACACUAGAGACGAAGAUGGUAAUUGUAUUCCUGAAGACCAGUGCCCUGAGCUUUGCGGUCCUAAUGAGGAGUAUGGAUGUGAUACUACUUGCAACAAACAAUGUAUUGUUAUGGACGGAAAAUGUAUUCCUCCUAAUAAAUCCAAAGUUUGCAAGCUCCAAUGCCGUUGUAAGGAUGGUUAUAGCAGAAACGAAAAUGGUCUGUGCGUUUCAACCUGUGAUGGUCAAAGUGAAAAAAUUAUCGAUGGCUUGACAGAAUUCGAAGAGGGUAAUCUUCGUUUUACUGAAAGUUUUCUAUUGACGGCUGCCAAAAAUAAUCCCAACGCGAGCGUUAUAGGAUCACCUUUUAGUAUAUUGUUUUUGUUAGCCCAAUUGGCUUUAUAUGCGAGUGGAAAUUCCAAAACAGAACUUUUGAAGUUGCUUAAUCUAAGCAAUGAUUGUGAGAUUCGAUCAUUUGUUCCGAAAUAUCUCCAACUAAUUUCGGUGACAAACAACGCUAGUUUCGACUUAGCUCAAAAAAUUUAUGGUAGUGUCAAAUAUCCGUUCAGUGAAAACUUUAAAAAGGAUACUAGAGAGGUAUUCAACGCCCAAGCACAAAAUGUUGACUUUUCAAAUCCAAAAGAAGCAGCUGACAUCAUCAACAAAUGGGUAGCUGAACGUACUCGGAAUCUAAUUCCAAAUCUCAUAUCGCCUGAUGCGCUAAGUUCUAACACGCGUUUAGUUCUUGCAAACGCUAUAUAUUUCAAGGGAGAUUGGAGAUAUCAAUUUAAAGCAAGAAAUACCAGAUUGCUGCCAUUCUAUACUGGAAAAACAAAAGAUGAUUCCGUGCAAGUAAAAAUGAUGAAUCAGAUUGGUAAUUUCAAAUAUACAGAAUUAAAAAGCCCCGAUGUACAGAUUCUUCAACUACCGUACAAAGCCGCUGAUAUUUCAUUUGUCAUAUGCUUGCCAAGAUCUAGAACAGGAAUCAAUGAUUUGAUUAAAAAUCUAAAAGUAUCGUCUCUCAUAAAGCGUUCAUUCACUGAAUUACAAUUUACUAGGGUAGAUGUAUCCAUGCCAACAUUAGAUAUAUCGACAACUACCGACUUGAAACCACUUUUAUUUGAUGCGGGUGUUAAAGCAAUCUUUGACCCUUCAACUGCUGGAAUUAGUGGAAUAUUGGAAAAGCCAGAAGAUAUUUUCGUGACAUCUGGUAUUCAAAAAGCUAAAAUACUUCUUAAUGAAACUGGAACUGAAGCAGCCGCCGCUACAGCGGUUGUCGUUGGUGUCAGGUCUCUUCCUAUAUCUGAACCUGAUCCUGUUAAAUUUAAUGCAGAUCAUUCCUUCAUAUACUUUAUAAUGUAUAAAAAAAUACCUAUUUUUGCUGGAAUGUAUCGAGGAACUUAAUAGUACCAACUAACAUAAUAAUCUAUUUUCUAUCCUGUAGCAUAAUUAAAGUAAAACUCUUUUUUAUGGAGUUCAUCUUCUUGAGAAAAGCCUUAGUUCCCGUUUGUACAUAUGUAUUCCUAUCUGGGAUAGUGCUACUAACAUUGUAUUGUAUUCCAUCAAUUCUCAUAUAUCAGAUAGCAUUGUGAUUGAAAUUGUAUUAUUUUUGGGAAAAGGUCGCGGUAGUGUAUCACAACAUACCCAAAUAUAUUUAAGAGAAUAUCGUGGUUUUCAUGGAAACAUGUUUUUAUUUUUUUAU